CUCUCAAUAUGCCUUCCUGGUACAGCUUGGCGAUCACACAGGACAGAGGGACAGAGGAACUCCACAGAGCCGCAAUCUGACAGGAGAGACAAUCUACCCCUUGGCCCCUCGCUGCACGUUUUCGGGGUCUGGCUGCAGCUUUCUGUGUUGAUCUAAACAACCUGUCUUUUGGCUUUCUGCGAGUUUCACGUUGCUCGAAGCGCAUGCACAGACCAAGUGGCGGUGCAGUUGUUUGACACGGGACACAUCAGCGACACUGAAAGACUAAAGAUGAGUACUUCUUGGAGUGAUCGACUGCAGAAUUAUGCAGACCUGCCUGCCAACAUGGACAGAUUAACAAUGAAAAAAUACAGACGAGAGCCCUACCAUAGAGUGUUCGUGAACAGAAGUUUGGCAAUGGAAAAGAUAAAGUGCUUUGGCUUCGAUAUGGAUUACACUUUGGCAGUGUAUAAAUCACCAGAGUACGAGUCGCUCGGAUUUGAGCUGACUGUGGAGCGGCUUGUUUCCAUCGGUUACCCGCAGGAGCUGUCCAGCUUCGUCUACGAUCCAUCAUUUCCUACCAGGGGCCUUGUGUUUGACACCAUGUAUGGAAACCUGUUGAAGGUUGACGCCUACGGUAAUAUACUGGUCUGCGUCCAUGGAUUCAACUUCCUCAGAGGUCCUGAGAUCCGUGAGCGCUAUCCAAACAAGUUCAUCCAAAGAGAUGAUACCGAGCGCUUUUAUAUUCUCAACACACUGUUUAACCUUCCAGAGACCUACCUCUUUGCAUGCCUUGUGGAUUUCUUCUCCAAUUGCGAUAGAUACACGAGCUGUGAAACGGGCUUUAAAGACGGUGACCUCUUCAUGUCAUACAAGAGCAUGUUCCAGGAUGUUCGCGAUGCUGUUGACUGGGUCCACUUCAAGGGGACCCUCAAGAAGAAAACUGUGGAGAACCUCGAGAAGUAUGUAGUGAAAGAUGGAAAGUUGCCUCUUCUCCUCAGCCGGAUGAAUGAAGUUGCCAAGGUGUUUUUGGCUACCAAUAGCGACUACACAUACACUGAUAAAAUCAUGACUUAUCUGUUCGAUUUCCCCCACGGUCCAAAGCCCGAUACUUCACACCGACCGUGGCAGUCUUACUUUGACCUCAUCCUGGUGGACGCCAGAAAGCCGCUGUUCUUUGGUGAAGGGACAGUCCUCCGACAAGUGGACACGGCCACAGGGCGUCUUAAGAUUGGCACCUACACAGGACCCCUGCAGCAUGGUAUCGUCUACUCUGGAGGUUCCUCAGACAUUGUGUGUGACUUGCUUGGGGCCAAAGGCAAGGACAUUGUUUACAUCGGGGAUCAUAUCUUUGGAGACAUACUAAAGUCCAAGAAACGCCAAGGCUGGAGGACGUUCCUGGUCAUACCUGAGCUCGCUCAGGAGCUGCACGUCUGGACUGACAAGAGUUCUUUAUUUGAAGAGCUGCAAGGUCUGGACAUUUUCUUGGCAGAACUCUACAAACAUUUGGACAGCAGCAGCAACGAGAGGCCAGACAUCAGCACCAUCCAGAAAAGAGUCAAGAAAGUGACGCAUGACAUGGACAUGUGCUACGGCAUGAUGGGUAGCCUCUUCCGCAGCGGCUCCAGGCAGACCCUGUUUGCCUCCCAAGUGAUGCGCUACGCUGAUCUCUACGCGGCCUCCUUCAUCAACCUGCUCUACUACCCAUUCAGCUAUCUCUUUAGAGCCGCACACGUGCUUAUGCCCCACGAGUCGACGGUGGAGCACAUGCAUGUGGACAUCGCUGGCGAGUCGCCGCUAGCCACGCGGAACCGCAACCACUGCAGCGACUGCAAAGAAUAUGAGUGCAAACGCAACCAGUUGACGCGCUCCUUCAGCGAGAUCAAGCCCCCCAACCUGUUCCCUCAAACCCCGCAGGAGAUCACCCACUGCCACGACGAGGACGAUGACGAGGAGGAGGAGGAGGAAGAAGAGGAGGAGGAAGAGGAGGAAUGAAGUACUGCUAUCAGCCAUCUAGAGGUUUUCUAGCUGGAGGCAAGAUGGAAAAUCCUUCACUGUGUGUGUGUGUGUGUGUGUGUGUGUGUGUGUGUGUGUGUGUGGUGUGUGUGUGUGAGUGUGAGAUUGAGAUGAUGUGAGAUCGCGUGUGUGUGUCAGUACUCGACAUUUUAAAGUGUGACAGACCAGCAGACCAACAGGAUCACUUGACUGUCACAUAACUGCACGCAUGGUGUUGUCAUUUUAAUUUUUUUUUUUUAAAUCAAUUAGAUUUGAAUUUUCAGUUGUCGUCAGGAGACUGAAGAGGUUUCACGUGAUCUUUAGGAUAAGGCUGGCUUGUAAGCAUGACACACACAAGACCAUGACAUCACUUCUGUCGGCAUGCUAUGCGAAGAGACCUAGCAAAACUCGCAAUUGAUUUUUUUUUUUAAUGCAAAAUGGGAACAACGAGAUUUGUGUGGUUUUCUUGACAUUUUGACGUCUUGCUUUUGCCAAAUGUCCGGGUGGCCGAUAAUGGCGAGAGGAGCCGCUUCGCUAAACUGAGCGAAGCAGUGCUCGGGUGGCCGUUGACCCGUUCUGGUUACCAAGCAACAAUGAGGACACGCGCACUGAUAGUCGCUAUAACAACAGUGAAGUCGUGCUUCUAUAAAUAGCUGUCAGGUGUAAACAGCUGAAGGAGCUAAGAAGCAGUAUUUUUUUAUAAGAAAAUGAAAGUUACAUGUUGCAUCUGCAUUUAUUUUCGGACAGCGAGGUGCCUUGUGAGGUUUGCCACUCGAGACAUGCAACGUCCAAAAUGCUGAGGGUCCGCGAGGCGUCGUUUUCAAGGAUAUCGGCUUAUGCAGAGCCCAAAUGGUUAAAAAUGAAGUAGAAUGCUCUGUUGACACAGUUCAAAGUAUUUGUUUUUCUUUGUUGACAUUGCAGUUUCUGUCCUUUUUAGUGAUUGAGACAUGCUCGCUUAUGCUUAUGUAUCACCUUAAACAAUUGAAGGAAACAUAACAACUCAGUAUUUUUUUUCUUUUGUUUAUCAUCUGUAAUUUUUUUCUUUUUUUUACAAAUUGAACAUUUGUAUUUUAUAGUUCGACUGUGUCUUGAACAUUGAAAUGAUAGCAUUUGUUACAGGAGGUGGUGGCCUUUUUGUUGCAUACUUUAAACACAUCUCUCUUGUUGAACUAGAAAAUUUAGGGAUUUAUUCACUGCAGUUUACAUAGAACAUAACUGUAAAUCCAAGCUGGAACUACUAAAAAAAAUGAAUAAAUAAUGUGAAUAAUGUUAAAAACUGUUAUUAAAUGUUAGUUGAUAACUUUUGGGGGUUAUUUGAAAAAAACAAACAAAAAAAAAGCUAUUGUUUUAAACUGCGUCUCCGUUUACAGAAGUGCUAAUGGAACAUUGUGUUUCUUCCCAUUGUUUCUUAACUUUUGUACCACACCACAUUCAGGAUUUUGAGCCUGUUGGCCAUUUGUUAAGCCAAUAUUUAAACUGAGAUCGGGUUUAUUUUCUUGUCAAGAUGCCCCAAAUGCAUCCUUGUAAGCGGCGCGUGUUUUCACGGUCAACUCCCGUUGUGUAAACUGCGGUUAUCUUUCAUGCAUCCCCUUUUAUGUUCUUAUUUGUUUUAUCCCCAGAUGCUCCUCCAGUUUGUACACUGAAGGAAAUGGCCUACAAAUGUUAUAAUAAAGAUAGUUUUCAUAAUUUUGUGUUGUGUU